AUGAGGAACUUUGAGAUUGUGCAGGCUGUGGUCAUGAAUGGUAUCAGCAAGUUGUUCCCCAUGCUGACCUUUCUCGAUCCUUCUUCCACAUGGCAUUCUCCUCCUCCCUUGCCUUCCUCCUCGUCCGCGUAUUCCGCCUCGUCGGCGAACCCAAGAACUCUGAGUUCUCUUGAUCCUUCUCCGCCUUCCUCACCGAUCCCACCGAAAACAACCCCACCUCUGUCGUUGACUUCAGCGACGACCACCACGACCCCCAAUCGCCCCCAAACCCCAACCUCAACCUCCACAACAACCACCCAUUCUCCUCCUCCCACCGGAGACUACCCCGCUGGCGCCGCGCUCGCCUCCGUCUUUGUUCCACGUCUGCUUCAACCCAAGACCACGCCCGCUUCGCCGUGGGGACAGACCACGAGUUGUGGAUUUACAACUGCGAGCUCGAUCCGUUCUGGAGUUGUGGAUCUACGCCUGCUUCAACCCAAGAGCUACUUCAAUCCGUUCUGCGAGCUCUUUCGCCGCGACUUCGACAACGGCGGGGGAAUCGGCGUCGUUGAGGCGCAGAUAUUGGGUUUGAGCAUGGAUUGCAGAGAGAUCUCGGCAGCUGGGGGGACGACGCAGCCUCGACUGCCUUUCCGACGACGGAUCCACGAUGACUUUCGAUAA